AUGGUAUGGCGUCUGCAAGCCCUAUUGCAGUCAUUCGUGUUGCUUCUUGUUCUUGUUCUUCCUCAUGUCCAUGCCAACAGCAACAAUCACCCAGUUUGGAGUGCACACAAGUCUCUAGUAUGGGUUCCCAAGCAUCAUAGACCUAGAUUCAAGCCCGGUCCAUGGAGGAAUGCUCAUGCUACCUUCUAUGGAGCAGCUGAUGGCUCCGGAACACUACAGGGAGCAUGUGGUUAUGAAAAUGUAAGAGAACAAGGGUAUGGUUUAAAGACAGCAGCAUUGAGCCAAGCUCUAUUCAACAAUGGGGAAACGUGUGGAGCUUGUUAUGAAAUUAUAUGUGUGAAUGAUGCCCAAUGGUGCAAGCCUGGCCAACCUACUCUCUUCAUCACUGCCACCAACUAUUGCCCUCCAAAUUACAACAAAGCUAACGACAAUGGCGGCUGGUGCAACCCUCCCCUCGAGCAUUUUGAUUUGGCACAGCCAGCAUUUCUUGAAAUUGCAGCCUACAAGGCUGGCAUUGUUCCGGUCCAGUAUCGAAGGGUUGCAUGCAAGAAGAAAGGAGGGAUUCGAUUCACAAUAACAGGGAAUCCGUACUUCACGAUGGUGUUGGUGUGGAACGUUGGAGGGGCUGGGGAUGUCACUGGCUUGAUGGUGAAGGGUGAUGAGAAGGUGGUGAACUGGAUACCGAUGCAACGCAAUUGGGGCCAGAAUUGGCAGACCACUGUCAUGUUAGUCGGCGAGUCAUUGCGCUUUCGAGUCCGUGCUAGUGAUCGUAGAUCCUCUGCUUGUUGGUAUAUCACUCCCAAAAACUGGCAGUUCGGUCAGACCUUCGAAGGCAAGAAUUUCAAGUAGGAAAUUAAUCAACAAUGCUACGCAGUCCAAAAAGCUAUUUGAAAAAUGAUCCGAACACUUUAUUUUCUAGUCGCUUUCUAAUUAUUUCUAGUCGCUUUCUAAUUAAUUUUUUGGACUUUGUAGCUAAGUAAUUCUUGUUUUUUUGUUUGUUUGUUUUGCUAGCUAUAUGCAUGGUGUGGUUACUAUUUGCUACACACCAUGCUUUUUUUUUCCUUUUUCUUUUUUUUUUUUGGCCUUAAAUUGUACA